UAACCGUUCUGCGCCACAACGCUGUAUCUGCUGCCGUUCAAAUGAUGCUGAAAUCGUCACUGAAGACGAAGAAACCAUCACGAGACUCCUGCACGAAUACCUCGAUCUCUCGUUUGCUGAACCCGAUCGUCCUUGUACCACUUGCUGGAAGGCAGUUAAGGAUUUUCACGAGUUUUACCUCAUGAUACAGGAAGCUCAAUCAAAGGAUCCUGCUGACGAGACCGUUGAGGAAGCUGCACCACUUUCGGACUACGCACCAGAACACAUCGAGUUGCCUGUUUUGGAUGCGUUCGAUGAAGAAAUUACCCAACCACAAGGAUUCGGACAGGAAAAGAAAACAUCCAACCGUAGACCGCAGCUAGACACCGAGAUACUGGAGUUUUACGGACGGAUCGUCUGUGAAAUUUGCGAUCCGCAACGAUUGGAGCGCGGUGAGACGGCGAUCGAGUACGAUACGCUCACCCAAUUGAAUCGGCAUGUUCGCAGCGAGCACAACCAAGCGCACGGUACACUACGAUGUCCGAUCUGUGAGAAACGCUAUCGUACUCGGGUUCAACUGCUGCAGCACAAAGAAAUGCACCUUCACCCGGACCGGUACCGGUGUGAGAUAUGCUUCGAGGUACAUCAGAAUAUGGCCGAACACCGGAAGGCCAAGCAUGGCGAUCGAGCGUACAACUGCGAGAAGUGCAAUAAACGUUUCGUGUCCCCAGGACGCCUUGCAAUCCAUGCCCGGAAAGCACACGCAGUGCGCGAUGUAACGUGCGAUCGAUGCAACAAACCUUUCAGCAAAUACACGAUCGACGAUCAUCGCAGGAAUGUCCACGAGGCGAGUUUCAUCUGCGAGUACUGUCCGAAAACGUUCAAAUCACGUUUCUGGCUUAAGAGCCAUCUCGUAGAGCAUGGCGUAGGCGAUACACCACCGACGGCGGUCAAAUGUACCAUCUGCGGUACAGUUGUUAAGAAUAAGUACAUCCUGGUGUCUCAUAUGCGUCGAGUACACAGCGAUCAGCCGGCGGUUAGCUGUGGGACGUGCGGUAAAACCUUCAAAUCGCAGCACAAUCUGAAUGGCCAUCUACAGAACGUUUGCACCGAUCGGGCUUUCCCGUGUGCGGUGUGUGGGAAGGUGUUUAAGAAGAGGAUCAAGUUGAACGAACACAUGACCACGCACACCGGCGAGACCUUGUACCGGUGCCAGUUCUGCCCAUCAACGUUCAGCUUCGAAUCCCACUUUUAUACACACCGCAAGCAGGUGCAUCGGGAACAGUGGCUUGGCUUGCGGCGGAGCACCCGGCAGCAGGGCAAGGGACGAAGCGCAGCAGUGUGAUAUUGUCGCAGGUGAAUAGAAACAUUCGGCUUCGAAUGACGAGUUACACAAAUUAUGCGUUUACCUAUUUACUACAUUACG